AUGAGCAAGGGGGCCACAAUUCAGAGCAUGAGUAUCUACCAGGUAUUGGCUGAGAGCUGGCACUGCCACCCUGCUCUGUCAUCUCUCACAGGAGGAAUCUUUGAGUAUGCGGACGGCCCCAACGCCCAGGUCAUGAACGCCGAGGAGCAUGCCUUUCGAUUUUCUGCCAACAUCAUCAACAGGAACAGGACUCUCCUGCCCAACACAACCUUGACUUACGACAUUCAAAGGAUUCAUUUCCACGACAGCUUUGAGGCAACCAAGAAGGCCUGUGACCAGCUGGCACUGGGUGUGGUAGCCAUCUUCGGACCAUCACAGGGCUCCUGCACCAAUGCUGUCCAGUCCAUCUGCAAUGCCUUGGAGGUGCCCCACAUCCAACUUCGCUGGAAGCACCACCCCCUGGACAACAAAGACACCUUCUAUGUGAACCUCUACCCCGACUACGCCUCCCUCAGCCACGCCAUCCUCGACUUGGUCCAGUCCCUCAAGUGGCGGUCAGCAACCGUGGUCUAUGAUGACAGCACAGGUCUCAUCCGGCUGCAGGAGCUCAUCAUGGCCCCAUCCAGGUACAACAUUCGCCUGAAGAUCCGCCAGCUCCCCAUCGACUCCGAUGACUCACGGCCCUUGCUCAAGGAGAUGAAGCGGGGCCGGGAGUUCCGCAUCAUCUUUGAUUGCAGCCACACCAUGGCAGCCCAGAUCCUCAAGCAGGCCAUGGCUAUGGGCAUGAUGACGGAGUACUACCACUUCAUCUUUACCACUCUGGAUCUCUACGCACUAGACCUGGAACCCUACCGCUACUCGGGGGUGAACCUGACUGGGUUCCGCAUACUCAACGUGGACAACCCCCAUGUCUCAGCCAUUGUGGAGAAGUGGUCCAUGGAGCGACUCCAGGCAGCUCCCCGGGCGGAGUCUGGCCUAUUGGAUGGAGUGAUGAUGACGGACGCAGCCCUGCUCUACGAUGCCGUCCACAUCGUGUCUGUGUGCUACCAGCGAGCGCCGCAGAUGACCGUGAACUCCCUGCAGUGCCAUCGGCACAAGGCCUGGCGCUUUGGUGGCCGCUUCAUGAACUUCAUCAAGGAGGCUCAAUGGGAAGGAUUAACUGGACGGAUUGUUUUCAACAAAACCAGUGGUUUGCGGACUGAUUUUGAUCUGGACAUCAUCAGCCUGAAGGAAGAUGGCCUGGAGAAGGUUGGGGUGUGGAGUCCAGCUGAUGGUCUCAACAUCACUGAGGUUGCCAAAGGCCGAGGUCCUAAUGUCACCGACUCUCUGACCAACAGGUCGCUCAUCGUCACCACUGUGCUGGAGGAGCCCUUCGUCAUGUUCCGCAAGUCCGAUAGGACCCUUUACGGCAACGACCGCUUCGAGGGCUACUGCAUUGACUUGCUCAAGGAGCUGGCGCACAUCCUGGGCUUCUCCUAUGAGAUCCGGCUGGUGGAAGAUGGCAAAUACGGGGCACAGGACGACAAGGGCCAGUGGAACGGCAUGGUCAAGGAGCUCAUUGACCACAAGGCAGAUCUGGCCGUGGCUCCCCUAACCAUCACCCACGUCCGAGAGAAGGCCAUCGACUUCUCCAAGCCUUUCAUGACCCUCGGAGUGAGCAUCUUAUACCGCAAGCCCAAUGGUACCAACCCCAGUGUCUUCUCCUUCCUCAACCCCCUUUCCCCAGACAUCUGGAUGUACGUGCUCCUCGCCUACCUGGGUGUCAGCUGUGUCCUCUUCGUCAUCGCCAGAUUCAGCCCUUACGAGUGGUAUGAUGCCCACCCUUGCAACCCCGGCUCCGAGGUGGUGGAGAAUAACUUCACACUGCUCAACAGCUUCUGGUUUGGAAUGGGCUCCCUCAUGCAACAAGGCUCUGAACUGAUGCCCAAAGCUCUGUCUACCCGAAUCAUCGGUGGCAUCUGGUGGUUCUUCACACUCAUUAUCAUCUCGUCCUACACGGCCAACCUGGCCGCCUUCCUGACCGUGGAGCGCAUGGAGUCACCCAUCGACUCUGCUGAUGACCUGGCCAAGCAGACCAAAAUUGAGUAUGGUGCUGUCAAGGAUGGGGCCACCAUGACCUUCUUCAAGAAAUCCAAGAUCUCCACCUUCGAGAAGAUGUGGGCCUUCAUGAGCAGCAAGCCCUCGGCACUGGUAAAAAACAACGAGGAGGGGAUCCAGCGAACACUCACAGCCGACUACGCUCUGCUCAUGGAGUCCACUACCAUAGAGUACAUCACACAGAGGAACUGCAACCUCACCCAGAUUGGUGGCCUCAUUGACUCCAAGGGCUAUGGCAUCGGCACACCCAUGGGCUCCCCCUACCGGGACAAAAUCACCAUCGCCAUUCUGCAGCUGCAGGAAGAGGACAAGCUUCACAUCAUGAAGGAGAAGUGGUGGCGAGGCAGCGGGUGCCCCGAGGAGGAGAACAAGGAGGCCAGCGCCCUGGGCAUCCAGAAGAUCGGCGGCAUCUUCAUCGUCCUGGCUGCCGGCUUGGUCCUGUCCGUGUUGGUGGCAGUGGGCGAGUUUAUAUACAAACUCCGUAAGACAGCGGAGCGGGAGCAGCGCUCCUUCUGCAGCACAGUGGCCGAUGAGAUCCGCUUCUCCCUCACCUGCCAGCGCCGUCUCAAGCACAAGCCGCAGCCUCCGAUGAUGGUCAAGACUGACGCGGUCAUCAACAUGCACACAUUUAACGACCGCAGGCUUCCAGGCAAGGAUAGCAUGAGCUGCAGCACUUCGCUAGCCCCUGUCUUCCCCUAGACCGUGGGUACAGCGGGGACGUCAGGCCUGGUCCACACAGAGGAAAGCAAAGGAGACGGGAAGGGACAUCCUCAUCUCAUGCUGGCCUUGGGAAUGGAGCUGCUGCCUGCAUCCAGCUGUGGACCGUCAGCUCUUACCUACCAGGAAACCAGUGGGCCCUAGGCCAGCUGCUUGGGCUUCAUCUCCUCUUGUCUUUUCUGUGGCUUUCUAAAGCUGUGAAGGCCAGCGGAAGCACAUGCCUCUCAGGCUCCCACUCGCCACCCCUCUCUUCUCCAUAGCCAGGUAUUUCUGCCAGGGCUCUGCGAGGCCUCAGAAGAUAGCUCUUAUACUCUCUUCCUUUCCCGCAAGCCUGGGACCUUCUAGCACGCAGCCAUGAGAGCAGAGACUCCAACUUUGAACACCUUAAGGAUGUUCUAAUGAGGCUGCCAGUGGGAGCCCAAAGGCACCAUCCAUCCUUCCAUGAACAGAAGCAAGGCUUCAGCCUUUAAGGGCUGUUCACCUGGGCCCAGUCUUCUCCACCUGGCUUCACCCACAGCAGCCCCUUGACAACACGGAAAGCAGUGUGGGAAGGAGUUUGGUAUGGGAGAAGAAGAGCACACAGACGGAGGCUGCGGUCUCAGACGCUUAAGUCCAGUGUCCCACGGCACGAGUGUUUAGGAAGUCUCCGAGAACGUGAAUGAGGUAGCCACCACGGCAAAUUCUUCUCCACUUCUGAAACAGAGAAGAGAAGACACCCUCUCUCAUAAGGAGUGUCCAAAGACUCAAUUGGCAUGGGAAGGUCAGCCGAAGAAAAACGGAUGCUAUGAAAAUCCCAAAGGCCCUUGAUCUAAUAGACCGACUUGGCGGGUAAACAAGCCAGCAUUCAGGAACCCUGGGUUUUCCACCGUCUACUCAUUGGCAAGUCCCUGUCCCUGCCCAUUUGAAUUUGGCCUCCUUCUGUCAUCCCGAAAAGAGAAGAGCAGCCCCAACUGAUGGGCAAAAGAGGGGUUGGUGCCCGCCCUGCGCAGACAAACUUUGGGGUAGGUGGGAGGAGCCAGAGGGGACCUGAAGAACCUUCUGGGCAUGCCCAAUCUAAAGAGCCCCCUAGAGAAAGAAAGCUUUCAGGUGGAAUAUGAGACCUCCUGAGGCCCCCAGGCUGGGGAGGGAGAAGCUGCCCCCUGGAAAAUUAACCAAAGACCCAACACAGAGACACAAGGCCAUCCUGGCCCCUAGUCUCUUUUCUGGGGCAGCUAUGGUCUGAGGGGAUUUGGGGGAGAAGAGAAGAAGCAGAGGAGAAGCCAGGGAGGGGACAGCCAAAGGGGUGAGUAGAUGACCUGUGGUUCCCACUCUGGAGGUUUGAAACUAUCAAAGUCUUAGGAAAGAUUCAGCUGUGAGGGGUUAGGCAAAAAGUGUCCUUACAGAGAGCAUGACAGGGCCAUCAGGGCCCCCACAGCUAAGGGUGGAAGUUGGUCUCUGAUGAGGGACCAGGGUGGGCAACCUGGGCUGAGAACUGGGGGACUCUAGUCCCACACUCCCCCACUUUCCUGGUGCUGCCAGGCCUGGAUGAGCUACAUCUAGAGCUCAAGAGCCCUCUCGGCAGAGGUGAAGGAACCCCUUCAACCAAGCACCCUUCCACACUGGCGUGGGUGAUGAAUCCCGUCACGCUGGUUCUCGGGAGCUCUGGCUGCACUGGAGGGAGGGAGGAGAGACUGGCAGCCAAGCCCAGUGCAUGCGAUGAUAGGAAAAGCCAUGCUGGCAGGAGGGAGGAGCAUGCACAUGUCUGUGUGUUUGACUUUGUAUGUAUGCGUUUGGGGGGGGCUGAUGAUGAAGGACAGACAUGAUGGAUAUGUAACAUAGUCCAUAGCAGGCAAUAAUAGGGGCCUCCUUUGGGACCUGUGUGUGUGUGUGUGUGUGUGUGUGUGUGUGUGUGUGUGUGUGUGUACAUGAGUGAAAUGGGGAGGAAGGAGCCCAAUCAGGACCAGCAACGGAGCCUCAUCUAUGUAAAAACAGGAGAAGCCAUGUUGAGAUGGGGUUCUGAUGAAUAUAUGGAUGGAUGCAAGUGUUCAUGAAUUUGUGUGUGUGUGUGCAUGUACAGUUGCUUGCGCGCGCACACACACACACAUAUGCACACAUCUGUGUACUGAAUGACAGAGGAUGGGGAGCAGGAUACAACCUGCAGCAUAGCCAAAUAUAUGUAAAAGGAGAAGCCAUGUCAUCAGAGGUCCUUGUAUGAGUGUGUGCACACACACACACACACACACACACACACACACACACACACAGGUGUGUGGGCUUGUGUGCCCUGAAGACAGCAGGGAAGGUCAGACGAGACUGCUGUGCCCUGUGGGUGGAUGUGUGCUGUGCAGGAGGAGUCGUAUGAAAAUGGAGUUUGUGUGUCUGUGUGUGUGUGUGUGUGUGUGUGUGUGUGUGUGUGUGUGUGUGCGUGCGCGCGCGCUUGCUCAUACCCAUGCAUGUGCAGACGUGUACCUAAAUUCCAAUUCCCAUCAUGAGUUGAGGCAGCAGAGCAAUCAGUAAGGCAGGACACCAGGGUUUGUUUGCAUGUCUAUUGUAGGAGGGAUCAUCUGCCACAGCUUUCCUGAGGCUCCGUGGGAAAGUGCGCAGGGACUUUCGGGGCUCAACUGGUGACUCCUUUGCUGUUCGUAGUAUCCUGUUGAGAGGAAAACAUCCCCUUUUUCUUUUCUUUCUUCCUUUCUUUUUUUUUUUUUUAAACCAACCCUGCUGUCAGGAAUCUAACGAAACCCUUCUCCAGUCUGUUCUCUUCCACUGCAUUCAUUACCCCUGUCCUAUGUUGUCCAGUACAGUUUUAUAACACACACCCACAUCCGUGUUCAUAUCACACAUGUGCUUUUGUGCAUGACACGGCAGACGUGUCAUGUUCUUCUGAGGCUAUGCACAUACGUAGACUGUGAUGGGAAAAGGAACGGGACAUGGUGGGAAGGGUGUUCAUGAAGGAUGUAAUGAAGCAUGAGGGUGGAGGCACUGGGUUGGUUUAUAGACUCCUAGGGGCAAGAGGGGGGGCACGCUGCAGGAUCUCCCCUUCCGCUCGAGCCUUACGUCCAGAAGUGUGGCUAACGCCUGCCCUCUGGCUGAAGCCCUGUGUUUGUCCUAGAGACCAGUGCCCAGUGCCAAGCACCCUGGAGACCACUCUGCCCAACUGCGCUGUGUCUCUCCCAGGGUAGGGAUGGAAGUCAAGAAGGAGGGAGAUCAAGUGGAAACCUGUCCCAACCCCCUAAGGGGUGCACAGAGCUGGGGCUGGAGCACACAGAGGCACUGGGGAACCAUGGGAAACACCAAAACCGGUUUGGAUGGAGCAAAUGGGGUAUACCUAAGCAGGUGCCGGCUGGUUGUCUCUGUCUGGUCCUAUAGACCAGCCCUGAAUGGAAGAGCACCUCAUGCCACCAUGUCUGGGCCUGAGCUCCAUCUGUAUGUACUAGCCCAGUGGAGGGGCAGCACCUACCAAGUCCAGGCCCUGGGGGCUAUCAUACAGGGAGCCUCCUUCUGCAGGUACCAUGACCUACGUCCAGUUUCUCUGCUAUGGACAGAUGAUAAAACAUCUGGGUGCUCAGGUGGCUCCCGUCUGCAGAUGUCUUACAAGAGGAGAAAAUGAGGUGUUGGCCAGUGUGCUACACUUAGAGUCCCUGAGGUAGGAGAUUGCCCCUCCUCAGCCUGGACUGCGUCUCAGCAGGAAGAGCACUUCCUGUGCCCUGCCCUUGUAGCAUGCAAUGGGGGAGGGGUGAACAGAUUAAAUAUAUCCAUGGGGGAGCAGAAGUCAGACUGGGCCCACAGUCCCCAAGUAUCGUCUGUCCCUCCUUACCUUUUCUUUCUGGUCCAGGGUGGGCUGAAGGUGGGAUGCAGCUGCGGCUGCUUCAUGCUGCAUGAGGUCAUGCCACACACACACACACACACACUCCAGAGACAUUCCCUACUGUAGGCACCAGCAUCUGAACACGACAGCUCCACGGUCCACCUCUGGAAUUGCCCUGCGUGUAUGCCCGUCUGAAAGGGCCCUCAUGUCAUGGACAAAGAACUGUAUGGCAUUAACAACUGGAACCCACCCAGCCCAGUGGACAGAUUCGAGAAUUGGGCCCAGCCCUGUGGGCAGGUCUUUAAGUAAGAUAUAUCUGGACAUCCCAGGUUGUUGGGGGCAGGGUGCACAUCUGGAAUAGGCCUAGCCACUUGCCGCAGUGGAAGGGGCCUUGCCCUCUGUCUCCAUGUUCUGGAGUUGAAAUUCUAGAGCUGAGGUAUAUGUGAAGUCACAGAAUUGUUUUAGGUAGAAGGCUAAUGUUCUGUACAAUAUAUAUAUGAAUGUAAAAUAUAUAUAUGCUUAUAUAUAUAUAUGCACAGUGUAUAUAUGACCCACAACCCCUGUGUAUAAAACCCUUCCCUGCACGUCUGCACACAGUGUACAGAACCCAGCCAGUGUGGGUGGGGACCCAGUGAGAGAUGGGGGCUGCAGCAGAAAAGUCAGGUUUACUUAUCCAGCCCUCUGGAACAGGCUUUUGCCGGCAUCAGUAUUAUAGAGCGUGGCAAAGAGGACAGACUAGUGUGGAGCUGGCAGGUGAACUGGGGAAGGGGCAGCCAUGGGUGAGAGUCUCCACCUGCGAGUCUCUAAGGCAGGGCAGCGGGCAUGUCUGGGAACAUGGUCCUUGGUCCUUUUGGUCCUUGAUCCUGAGCCAACAUCACAAUCGAUCCUCCGUAUCUAGUGCUAGGGAGAAGAGUGAGGAAAGGAGGGGAGUCUGUGCCCCAGGCCUACCCUUACACCUGCCUACAGAACAGCCUGGAAGGCGUCAGGCUGCAUCUGAAACAUCCUAGAUGUCAGAGGACCCUGGGUGGCCAAGGUAUGCAAGUUACCCACAGCUCAUGGCGAGAGUGAGUCUCUUUUGAAGAGAAAGGCCCGAGGGCACUGCUGACAUGCCCAUUCAGCACCCUGAUAGCCCAGUUAUGGAUCUGGCUCUCGUUCUCCUGCCUUCUAGAAUAACGGUCCUCAAAUCACCCCAUAGCUUUCUGUUGUACUUUUCUAGACCAAAAUUCUGAGGCCUCCCAGUGGAAGGAAGAACUAUAGAUUCAGUAGUUAGAGGGUAGCCAAGAGGCUGCCCCGUUCAUUCUGACACAGUGCAAGAUGUGAGGGAAUUAUCAAGGAACCAGAGAGACGGGAGAUGAGAGAUUCAAGAAGGUGGCACCUGACCUUGCACAGCCCCUUACCGUCUGCCGGUCCUUCUCUCUGUUGCUUCUUCCAAAAGAGGGCAGCUGGCAGCGAGCCCUUGACAGGCAGGCCACAGACCUCUGUCCCUGCCUCACCUGGAUCUGUCUAUUGCCGGUAAUUUGAGGCCUUCAGCCCCUUCCUGGGUCCAAGCAUCGGCGCUCGAGUGUGCUGGGGAGAGGAGACUCGGGUUUUGCUUCUGUGUGGUCUGCAGCCUGCCCUCUGCUUCAGCCCCAGCCCUCAGGCCGCCUGCACUUAAAGGCCAGGCCCGCUCCUGCAGCCACGGCCAAGCGCAUCUAAAUCCAGCCGCUGAGGAGGGUCCUGACCUGGCUCCAUAGAGACCAGAGGCUCCAGGAGCCCUCACGCCACUGUGCUCUGAAACCCCAGCCCAUCCCUGCCUGGGCUGACUUCCUGGCUGGGCCUCCGUGGUGGGGACCUCAGCUCCCAACUCCUAGGCUGAGCCCCCAGACAGCACCAUGGGACUCCAAGAGCCCUGGCCUGUCCCACUACCCAGACCAGAGUGCCUGGACGCCCCCCACCCCCACUCCCACUCAACAAGGUUCCCACACACUGGUCUCUGGGCCAUUCAGGGGGUGCCCUUUGUGGACAUGCAGAAUUUCUAUGAAUAUAGUUUUUUGUAAACAUUUUGUAACAAUUUGGGUUUCAUAGUAACUGUGUUACUUGCCAAUCAUUCUAAGCUGAUGUAAAUAAAUUUCCAAACAAAUCUGAUUAUUUUCCUUUUUAAGACACUGUGAUAUAUCAAAAGUGCACAGUUUGCUGUAUGAAGUAAUAUGGUUUUAAAUUUUAAAUAAAUGUUUUUAGAAAAUGGG